AUGAUAAUUAAAUCAAUAUGGACUUAUGGAAUUCAACUGUGGGGUUGUGCCAGUAAGUCCAAUAUUGAGAUUAUACAACGUUGUCAGAACAUCGCUCUCCGUACCAUUGUCGCAGUUUAUCGGUAUGACAGAAACGACAUUGUUCACCGAGAUAUGAUGAUCCCCUUCGUCCAGGACGAGAUUACCAAGUUUGCCCGUAAACAUGAGAAAAGACUGGAUCAACACACGAAUCCAGCAGCAAUUCAACUACUAGACAACUCUCUAGACAUUAGGCGUCUCAAACGUCGAAGACCAUAUGACUUAGUAUAA